CAGCGUCAAACAGCGUUAAACACGUUUGGCUUUUUUUGUAGGUAUAUAUAAGACAGGAUAUUUACACCCACAAACUUAACUAUUCAUCACUUGAUAUAGCAACAUAAGAAGAUGGUGAAGGCACCUUGUUUUGACAAAGAUGGAAUUAAAAAAGGUGCAUGGAGUGAAGAGGAAGAUAGUAAGUUAAGACUCUACAUUGAAAGACAUGGUCACCGUAACUGGCGUGAACUUCCCAAGUUGGCUGGUUUAUCUAGAUGUGGGAAGAGUUGUAGGUUGAGGUGGAUGAAUUAUUUGCGCCCAAACCUAAGGCGUGGAAAAUUUACAAAAGAAGAAGAUGAUGUCAUUUUCGAUUUACAUAAAAAGCUUGGCAGCAAAUGGUCAGUGAUGGCUGCACAAUUGCCUGGAAGAAGCGACAAUGAAAUAAAAAACCACUGGCACACACAUUUGAAAAAUCACGUCCGGAAAGAUGAAAUUAUGUCAACAAAUGAACAUGUUGGAAAUUCUGAAUCGGGUAACCCCAAAGGCUGCCCUGCAAAAAUAUCAGAUUUAGAAGCCCAAGAGGAAGUUGGAGUUUUAUUGAAAGUACUAUCAUCCGGAAUGUCAUCUUCUUCAACAAGUGAACAGUCACAACAUUGGUUGAGUGACUCAAGUUAUGCAGUUCCGAGCAAUGUUACACCACAUUAUAUUGAUUCCGUCAAAAGUUUCUGGACCGAGCCAUUUUUACUUGACAAUGACGAGUUCCUAUCAUCAAGUGAUAACAUGUUCUCACCAAUGUUCUUUUGAUGGAAAAGAAUGUUUAUACAAUGUGUUCAACCUGAUUUUAUAUGAGGGAAGUAUAGUUUUGGAUGAAAUGAAUAUGACAAUAUUAAGAACCUUAUCAAACUAGAUAUUUAGAUUUGUAACGAAAAUAAACUAGAAUUGCAACUGCGUUGUUUGUUACCUGAUUUACAACCUUUCAUGUAAUGACA